CUGUUCGAAACUCUUGUUCCUGAACCGUACGAGUAGCCUAGAUCAUGGAAGUCGCUCCUGCUGUUGCUGCUCCUGCGCCUGCUGUCGCGGCACCGGUGAAAGCAAAUAAGAAGAAGACGGCAGCACCUAAGCCGAGGAAUGUUGGACCCAGUGUGAGCGACCUCAUCGUCAAAGCCGUGUCCGCCUCCAAAGAGCGCAGCGGAGUUUCUCUGCCGGCGCUUAAGAAACUCUUGGCCGCCGACGGCUACGACGUGGAGAAGAAAAACUCCCGUGUCAAGACCGCCUUGAAGAAUCUGUUGGAAAAGGGAACCCUGGUCCAUACCAAGGGCAACGGAGCUUCUGGUUCUUUUAAGAUCAGCAAAGAGGAAAAGAAGCCAUUAACUAAGCCUGCUGCCCCUAAAGCUAAGAAGAACGCUGCCAAGAAGCCCGCCGCCGUCGAGAAGUCUCCCCAAAAGGUGAAGACACCACGGAGUGUUACCCCCAAGAAGGCCCAAAAGCCCGCUGCGGCCAAAAAGUCCCCGAUCAAGAAAAGCCCCAAGAAGGUUGUAGCCAAGACUCUAAAGAAGGCGCCCAAGCCUGUCGUUAAGAAAUCUCCCGCAAAGAAAUCCCCGGGGAAGAAGGCAUCUAAGCCCAAAGCCGUCAAGAAGACGGCCCCAAAGAAGAAGUAAUCUCUAGUUUUUGUUGAAAAACCCAAAGGCUCUUUUAAGAGCCAACCACACUACCUUAAGAGCCUAUUUUCUUGUGUAUUUAUGCAUUGGCAAACCAUGAUGUGAGCCAUUAAUUAUAGAGCCGUUUAUCGUGGGAAAAUACAUUAUAGCGUGAUAAUGUUAGAUGAAACUAAUUAUUCCUUAUUCUAGUGGGCGGAGUCACGGUGACCAGAUCUUCAAGAUCUGAUCAGAUUAAUUAUAGAUCAGAUCAAUGUAAACACGAAAUAUAAUGGCCUAUGUUUAUGUAUGCACGUAGCCGAACAGGAAGUGGAUAACGCUGUUUCAAUGUAAACAUACCAGCACUUUCAGCCGCUCCUGACAU